UCCAGGCUGUGUGUUUGUGACCUGCUGGUGGCACAGUGUGAUGUCAAUUGCUGCUGUGACCCUGACUGCACUGCAGCAGAGUUCAGCCUCUUCACCACUUGUUCAGUUCCUGUUGUCACAGGUGACAGCAGGCUUUGCAGGCAAAAGGCUGCUGUGUAUUCACUUGAUGUUGAAGCAAAUCCACCAGAAAGGAUAUUUAAAUUAAUUGACCAAGUCAAUCCCAGUGUUUUCUGCAUCCAUGCUACAAACUAUAAACAAGCACUCUCCUUCAGUUCCCCUGAAAUGCCUACUUCUGAAAAUUUUGAUCAGUUGCUCAAACAGUUUGGAAGUGCCUCAUUCAGUGCUGAGCCUGAGAGCUGGGAUAUGAACACUGAUGAUCCAACUCCUUCUGAUGCAAAUGAAACUUACAGAUAUGAGUAUGGUGUUCCUGUACAGACAGUGGAUGGAUUUCUAAGGCUGCCUAGUCCUGUUGUCUCCUCUUGGUGCUCUGAUACGAAUCCUGCAGGGUUUUUAGUAAACCAGGCUACAAAAUGCACUAGAUUAGUAAGUGUGGAAACAUGUGACAAGAUAGAAGCAGUCAGUAUGCUGUUCUACAUCAACUCCAGCAUCUUAGCAGUGCCCAAAUCAAGUCAGAGGGUCAAUAUUACUGUCCAGUCCAUAGCUGUCCAGUCUCUGAAUGGAAUGCAGACUUUACUUAAUGGUAGUGAUGUCCUCAGGCUCCCUGUGGUUUUGGAUGAACUCUGCAUGAAUAUAGUUCUUGGGGUGAGUUAUCACAUUACCUACACGGAUGCAGGAGAGAUAAUAGAAGCAGCUGCUGCUUUUGUCUUGGGGGCAGUUAACAAAGAAACACCUUCAAUACAGCAGAGCUUUGACAUCAGCUUUACUCAGGUAAACACAGAGCCAGUUCCUCUCAGUGGUAAUCCUGGCUACGUUGUUGGACUGCCUGUAAGAGCAGGUUUCUGGCCACAAGGAUCUGGCAUCAUUCAGAAUACUAACAAAUAUGGUCAACUUACCAUUCUGCAAAGCACCUCCAACCAGGAUUGUCUGGCAGCCCAGGGAGCCAGAACCCCAAUAUUAUUUGGUUACAACAUGAUAUCAGGCUGUCAGUUAAGAAUUACAGCAGCUACAAAAUGCCAGCCCCUGGCUCAGACCCUGCAAGAUUUACUGAAGGGACAAAGCUUUCCUGAAUAUGUGGCCUCAUUUGGAAAUUCUCAAGCCCAGGAUGUGCUUGACUGGGUGCCCAUAACUCACCUCCACACCUCAGAACAGAGCUCCUGCCAAAUACCAGUGUCAUUUGAAAUAGAAGUGAAGUGGACUAAAUAUGGAUCCCUUGUCAAUCCACAAGCCAGGAUAGUGAAUGUUACUGCAACAAUCUCUACCAGCCCCUGGAAGCAGGUUCCCUCAGGAAGAGAAAGAACUAUUCCUGUCACAAGUUCUGUUGUCUUCACUGAUGUUUCUUCACCUGCAGAGCCAGGCUAUAAAGCUUGGCCCACCAUUAAUUUGAAGUUACCCUCUGAUUUUUUCUUUCCAUUUGUCUAA